UUCGGCAAAUAAAGACGAGCAGAAGGAACCUCAGAGACUCGAGCCAAAAAGAAGAAAGCGAAGACUCGGGUCGGGCAUGUCAGCCGCUCCGAAAUCCAGUAAACUGAAGAAAUCAAAAAAUUGGUGCAAGGAGGGAGAAAGAGAAGAGAAAGCCAUGAAAGGCCAGCUGUCGGCUUCCUCCAGAGGCCCUGUCAAGUUCAGAAUGCCAACAGCUCAGAAUUUGGUACCAAUUCGCUUGGACCUCGACAUCGACGGCCAAAGGUUCAAAGACUGUUUCACUUGGAACCCAUCUGACCCUGACUCGGAGAUUGUGGUGUUUGCGAAAAGGACAGCGAAAGACUUGAAGCUUCCUCCGGGUUUCAUCACAGGCAUUGCUUCUGCCAUUCAGUCACAAAUUGUUGAAUUUCGAUCAUUUGAGGGGCAAGACAUGUACACCGUCGAGAGGAUUGUUCCGAUUAAGCUUGAUCUUCGAGUGAACCGCACUGUCAUUAGGGACCAGUUUUUAUGGGUAAGCUUCAAAGAGUUCUUCUGUUAUCUUAUCAUUUCAAUGCCCUGCUCUUACAAUGUGGGUUUGUACAUGUUCAAUGGAUUUCAGGACUUGAACAACUUUGAAAGUGAUCCUGAAGAGUUUGCUAAAACUUUCUGCGCGGACUUAGGUAUUCAAGACCCUGAAGUUGGGCCUGCAAUUGCCUUUUCAAUUAGAGAACAACUGUAUGAGAUUGUAGUUCAAAGUGUAGCUUCAGUAAGAGAAACCAGAAUUAACAAGAAGGGACGCCGUGGAGCUGAGUAUACUCCAGUCAGUAAAGUAGGUAGUACUGGAUUGGACCUGGUGAAGCUAUUUGGUCACAGAUCUAGUGUUGUUCGGAAAAGAAAGGAGUGGGAUGUAUACGAACCCAUCGUUGAUCUUCUAUCAACCGAGGAAGUGGAGGCCCUUCAAGCGAAAGAAGAAAGGAUUGCUCGGUGAAUUAAACAGCUGUGAGGGUUUCAAUUUUUGUUGUAGAGGGCGCCCGGCACCUAUAGGCGACUAGCAAGGAGUCAGAAAUCUGUGACUGAUGUAAUAUGAAGUAGGGUACCUGUAGUUGACUAGCUAGAUGUCUGUCUAAAUUCUCUACAUAGUAAAGAAAUUCGUCGUUUUGACUCUAAUUCUGGUUCUAUAAUAAGUUCAUUGUUCAUA